AUGAAAUCCUUUAUCAUGUCAAUCUUCUUCUUCCUCGCAAUUGCCAGCUUCGCAGCAGCGAUCACCGCCCAAGAACAACACGACCGAACCCACGACAUCUUCACCUUCUACCACCACGACGUCGGUGCCGAACUGAAGCCCCACCACUUCAUUCUCGACCUCGACUGCCAAGUCGCACACGCCUCACACCCAACCGCACUCAAACUCUCUUGUGCUCUCGAAAGCACGAGGCGAGCGCACGAGUCCGACAACGAACCUGUCGAUUUCCAAAUUCAUUUCCAAUCCAGAGGAACCCCAACCUUUCGCAAUGGACGUAUGAUUCGACCGAUUAUUCUUCAACCUUUCACAAUCUUACAUUCGUGUGUCCCUCAAGGAGCAGAGCGAGUUGCAAUGGAGGUGGCAUGUUUGAAGAUUCAUCGGGGAUGGAAUCACGGAAAAGCUGAAGCGGAUAUUUCAUGCGAUGUUUUGAAGGCGGAAGCAGUGGAGACACGAGGUGAGGCCAAGCAAUGA